AUGGAUUCUCAAGUCACUGCAAGACAUUUUCAUCCUUAUUCAUGCUUAACUCCAAUUGAUUCACUUCACAAGAUGCAUCUAAACCAGCACAAAGAUCUGUUGAAGAAAAUGUAUAUGCCUUUUGUACGGGGACCUGAAGACAGGCAUUUCUUUGCCAGUUUCCAAGAGAAAGACAGUAAUACUUUUCUUAAAUCCAAUCCUUUCCUUCCUCCUGAAGAUAAGAACUACCUUCUAGCACCGCAUCGGAAUGAUGUGCCAAUAAUCAACCCUUGUUCAGGAUCUGUGAGCCCAGGUGGUAAAGUUGAACAACAAAUCUUAGAUAACAAAGCUUAUGAAUCCCUGCAAGAUGGAAAAGAUACACAUUCUUCAAAGCAGGAACCUGUAUUUUACAGAAGAGUCCAAACUGCUGAUAGGAGAUCCUUAUUCUUGAAAGAAAUAAAUCAGGACCAAUGGUGGAAUGCUAGAGCAGUAGCUGAUAUUUCUGUCAGAUCAAGACUUGGAGGAUGGACAAGUCCAGUAAAAGUCAUACCAAAUCCACCUAAAGCCAAAGAAAAUUUUUUACCUCAUACAUUUGUAUUUCAUGUGGACACAGAUGUUCAGUCAAGUGAUACUUCUUCUGAACCCUGCAGAGAUAAGAGAGCUCAGAAGUAUAUGUAUACAUCCACAAUCCAGAGAGGAUAUGAAGAAGUUCCCUGGGAUAAUAUGUUAUCUCCCAAAGUCUGGCCUGCACAUUCAACAUUACAACCCAUGGUGGAUAUUUCUACAAGCAAACGAUAUGAACCAGCAGAAGAAAUAAGCCAAGUUGUUGGAGGUCUCUGGGACAGAUUUCAAAAGAGAAUAUUUACAGUACCAUACAGGCCAAUAAAUUUUGUUAGCCCAAAUUCUCGAACUCAGCAUCUCCCUUCAUACACAGGCUGUAUUGGUUCAGAGAAUUUUGAGGAUCUAGACAACCCCUAUGUUGACUUAAUUACCUAUAACAAAGUUCAUACUACAAUGCCACAUUAUGUGAAAUCUUCACACUCUCCAAACACCCUUGGAUAUACUGGCAAGGUUCAUUGGUCAGCCAUCCAACCAGUAAAUUCUAAUCUUCCACCAACAUUGCCAUCAAUAAUUUCACGAAUGUAUGGAUACUUAGCUGAACAUGGACAGCCAAAAGAAUUUCCCCAUUGGGGACCCUUGUCACAGAUCGUUACAACUACCGAACCACAGAAUUCUUUCAAUAAGAGGGAAAAGGAACGACUUACAAUUUGA